AUGCAGUGGCUGAGCCUGUCCUGGCCAGGCCUGGGGCCCUCGGUCCCCUCCCCAUGGCUGCUGCUGCUGCUGGCCGGGGCAUGCUGGCUCCUGGCUCGAGUCCUCACCCACAUCUGCACCUUCAGUGCAAACGCUCGCCGCCUGCGAUGCUUCCCCCAGCCCCCAAGGCGGAACUGGCUCCUGGGGCACCUGGGCCUGGUCCAGAGCUCAGAGGAAGGUCUGCAGUACAUACAGGCCCUGGCAUGGAAGUUUGAAACCGUGUGCCUCUGGUGGGUGGGGCCAUGGCAGCCCGUGGUGCGCCUCUUCCACCCUGACUUCAUAAAGCCUGUGCUCCUGGCCCCAGCUGCCAUCUCACCCAAGGAUGCCCUCUUCUACCGAUUCCUGAGGCCCUGGCUGGGGGAUGGACUCUUGCUGAGUGCCGGGGAAAAAUGGGUUCGCCACCGUCACAUGCUGACCCCUGCCUUCCACUUCAACAUCCUGAAGCAAUACAUGAAGAUUUUCAACAAGAGCGUGAAUGCCAUGCAUGCCAAGUGGCAGCGUCUGAUCUCUGAGGGCAUCGAGCGUCUGGACAUGUUUGAGCACAUCAGCCUCAUGACCUUGGACAGUCUGCUGAAAUGUGUCUUCAGCUUUGACAGCAACUGCCAGGAGAAGCCCAGCGAAUACAUCGCUGCCAUCUUGGAGCUCAGCGCCCUGGUGGCCAAGAGACACCAGCAGCCGCUUCUGCACCUGGACUUCCUGUACCAGCUGACCUCUGACGGGCGCCGCUUCCGGAAGGCCUGCGACCUUGUGCACGACUUCACGGAUGCUGUUAUCCAAGAGCGGCGCCGCACCCUCCCCCAUCAGGGCCUGGAUGACUUCCUCCAGGCCAAGGCCAAGGCCAAGACCCUGGACUUCAUUGAUGUGCUUCUGCUGGCCAAGGAUGAAGACGGGAAGGCACUGUCAGAUGAGGACAUCCGAGCAGAGGCCGACACUUUCAUGUUUGGGGGCCACGACACUGCAGCCAGCGGGCUCUCCUGGGUCCUCUACAACCUGGCCAAGCACCCGGAGCACCAGGAGCGCUGCCGGCAGGAGGUGCAGGAGCUCCUGUGGGACCGUGAGCCCAAGGAGAUGGAGUGGGACGACCUGGCCCGGCUGCCCUUCCUGACCAUGUGCAUCAAGGAGAGCCUGAGGCUGCACCCGCCUGCCACCUCGGUCUCCCGCUGCUGUGCCCGAGACAUCUUGCUGCCCGACGGCCGAGUCAUCCCCAAAGGUGUCGUCUGCCACGUUAGUAUUUUCGGGACUCAUCACAACCCAGCGGUGUGGCCGGACCCCGAGGUCUUCGACCCCUUCCGCUUCGACUUGGAGCAGGGGAAGGGCCGGUCCCCGCUGGCCUUCAUCCCCUUCUCUGCGGGGCCCAGGAACUGCAUCGGGCAGACCUUCGCCCUGAGCGAGAUGAAGGUGGCGCUGGCGCUGACGCUGCUGCGCUUCCGCAUGCUGCCUGCAGGGGGCGCAGCGGACCCGGAGCCACGCCGGAAGCCAGAGCUGAUUCUGCGCGCUGAGGGCGGCCUCUGGCUGCGCGCGCAGCCCCUGUGCUGACCCUGCCCCCACCCGGAACCAAUAAAACUGAGCCUACCGUG